CAUUUUCUUUGUUUUCGGCGGUAAAAGUGUCUUUACUCUGCAGAGAAUAAUGAGCAUGCUGGUCCCUCUUGACGACGUGCGAGUCCAGUGCGCAGAAAUUUUGCUCAUAAAGAGCGUCGCUCGACUCCUGUCAGCUUCAUUCUACGGGACGCAAGUACAAGAAGUCAAGUUUUAAGCGCAUCGAGUCAUCGGUAACCAUGGCCGCACCCAUGCCAGCCCUCGUCAGUUUGCUGCUAGUGGGACUCGCAGGGGUAACCUAUGGUCAAGAAUGCCUUAAGCCACCAGGUGAAGAAGUGAUGAAGAAGGCUGGCCAGAUUGCAGCGGAACUAAUGAAACAGUGCGUUCAUCUGCUGGACAAGCACCCGAUGCCCCUCAGCAUGAUUGCCGAUGCUAUGAAGACCCUCUGUGUUGACUACGCUGGCUGUCAUGACAAGCACGAAGCUAUGGCUAGCAAGCCGGAAGAAUACCGAAAGCUCCUGAUUACUUGCGGUCACCCACAUCUCGUCAAUUUCUUCAAAAAGCAAACGGAAUUCAAGCAUGAUCCAGAAGUUGUCGCGACGGAGAUCGGAACCUGCAUUAUGGACCAUAUUCCUUUGACCAAAGAAAUGGGCAUAGCAACUGCCUACUGGAUCCUCAAGAUCAUGGGCGCACAUGAAUGAAGAACUUCAAUCAAUAUGUUAAACCCAAACGCACAGCGUGCAACAAAAGCAUAUAAUGAAAGUAAAUUUCAGCUUUCACACCCAAAUAAAAUAUCAAUAUUAUUUAAC